GCUCGGGUAGGGGCCAGGCUAGCCUGAGUAUACCCAGAUGCACUCCUGUCAGCUCUCUCUAGUGCUUCAACCACUGCUCUUCCUGCUGUCUGCUUUUUUUGCCCCAGCUCAGGGAUGGGGGUGGGCAGAGAAAUCCUGCCACCCUCACUUCUGCUCUUUCCACCUCCAGGGGGGCCAUGGCCAGUACAGAGUCCUCGUUGCUGAGAUCCCUAGGCCUCAGCCCAGGUCUUGGCAGCAGUGAGGUGGAGCUGGAUUGCUGGUUUGAUGAGGAUUUCAAGUUCAUCCUGCUGCCUGUGAGCUAUGCAGUUGUCUUUGCGGUAGGCUUGGGCCUCAACACCCCAACCCUCUGGCUCUUCAUCUUCCGUCUCCGCCCCUGGGAUGCAACGGCUACCUACAUGUUCCACCUGGCAUUGUCAGACACCUUGUAUGUGCUGUCGCUGCCCACUCUCAUCUAUUAUUAUGCAGCCCGCAACCACUGGCCCUUUGGCACCGGGAUCUGCAAGUUUGUCCGCUUUCUUUUCUAUUGGAACCUCUACUGCAGCGUCCUUUUCCUCACCUGCAUCAGCGUGCACCGCUACCUGGGCAUCUGCCAUCCACUGCGGGCACUACGCUGGGGCCGCCCUCGCCUUGCAGGCCUUCUCUGCCUGGCAGUUUGGUUGGUUGUAGCCGGCUGCCUCGUGCCCAACCUGUUCUUCGUCACAACCAGCACCAAAGGGGCCACUGUCCUGUGCCAUGACACCACUCGGCCUGAAGAGUUUGACCACUAUGUACACUUCAGCUCGGCAGUCAUGGGGCUGCUCUUUGGCGUGCCCUGCCUGGUCACUCUUGUCUGCUAUGGGCUCAUGGCCCGGCGCCUGUGUCGGCCAUUGCCAGGUGCUGCCCAGUCGUCUUCUCGUCUCCGCUCUCUCCGCACCAUCGCUGUGGUGCUGACUGUCUUCGCUGUCUGCUUUGUGCCUUUCCACAUCACCCGAACCAUUUACUACCUCGCAAGGCUGUUGGAAGCUGACUGCCGAGUGCUGAACAUUGUCAACGUGGUCUAUAAAGUGACUCGGCCACUGGCCAGCGCCAACAGCUGCCUGGAUCCUGUGCUCUACUUGCUCACGGGGGACAAAUAUCGACGUCAGCUCCGGCAGCUCUGCGGUGGUGGCGAGCCCCAGUCCCGCACGGCCACCUCUUCCCUGGCACUAGUGUCUCUGCCUGAGGAUAGCAGCUGCAGGUGGGCGGACACCCCCCCCCCCAGGACAGUAGCUGCUCUACUCUUAGGGUAGAUAGAUUGUAACACGGGAAGCCAGGAAGUGAGAGAAAAGGGGGUGAGUGCAGGGCAGAGGUGAGGGAACCCAAUAGUGAUACCUGGUAAGGCGCUUCCUCCUUUUUUCCAGGCUCUGGAGAGAAGCCCUCACACUGAGGGUUGAGGAGAGGCGGGGACAUCACAUGUGACCUCAUCUCUCAUAACCCCUUCAGUUGACCACUCUUUUUUAGCUAAUGCCAGUCUUUACUCCUUUCUCUUUGUUUCUGUCCCUUCCUGGGGCCAUUGGUCCUAUAAGCCUUCCUGAAAAUCUUCCCCAGUCCUCUUUCCCCGUCCUAUUUUCCCCACAGCCGCCUAGAGCAUGUAUUUCUCCAGCCAGACCAGAGCAUUCAGCUGAAGAGGUGGAUCGGAUCAGGCAGAGUCAUCUCAGGAUUGGCCUGACUUAUCUGAUGAUGAUAACCAGAAUCAGGAAGCGGAGGCAACUUCCAUAUCACAGAUGCCGAGG